UACGACGCCGCGUGCGUUCAGGGUAUAUACAUUUGGUCUUUAAGUUUUUUUAAUUUAAUUAUACUCAUCGUAUUUUAUAUCGACAUUUCUGUGUAUAACAAAGAUUUUCUUUUAUUUUAGUAAUGAAAAGUGAGACCGAAGAUUGUUUUAUUAAAACGUGUUUCGAAUUUGUCUGGAAUUAUAGGUUACAAACAUCUUGUAUGCUAUGGUUUUACGAAUGCGCGCGUAACUAGAUCAAUUUUUAAGAAUAAAAGAUGAAUUUCAGUGAAAGUAAUAAUAUUCAAGGCACACUGCCACAAUUUUCUGAAAUAACGUUAAGAACGAAUCCUAUUUUUAAUGAAUUUAAUCAAAACAACAUAAAUAGCAGUACUAUAGAAUUACCAAUGGCUCAACAAGGUUCUGUUUACACUGUAGCUACUGGAUUAAAUCAAAAUAAGCAGCAAUUUAUUGUAAAUUCACCGAACAAAUAUCCUGGAUCUCUGUUAACUUUGUCCGAUUCCAGUGCAAUUAUGCAGCUAUACGAGAAACAGUGUGCCAUUAACAUUCCUAAUUACAAUCAGAACAAUGCCUCUUUAAUUAGUGUCCAAUCGAAUCCUAUACCAAUGAGGGUCAUACCUAAUGUGUACUUACCUUCUACGUCGCAAAUAGAUACUUCCAAGGAAGAGAAUAAGACUGAUAACGAAAUAAUAACUUCUGAAGAUAUACAGCAAGUUUUUCAAUUACAAGGUUCUAACAUGACAGAGUAUAUUCAGAAGAUACAAGCUACUACGAUGCCAUUAAUAAAUUUACAAAUAAUGAAAUUACAAAACGAACAAUAUAAAGACGAUAAAUUGGAUCAUAUUCAAAACAAUAUUCUAAACAUUCCUAGCGUACCAGGGUUUAGAAAUGCGCAAUUACAAAAUGGUAAUCAUUUUAUAAACUCAGAGCAGAUCGAUGCAUCAUUGAAUCAUAAUGAUCUUAGCGUCCACUUGGCAUCGAAUCAACAAGUUUGCGAAAGUAACAUGCAAGUUAUGAAAGUAGAGCAACAAGUACAAACUGAUCCACCCAAGAGCAGAAAAGUAAUGAAAUUUAAAGCUAAAAUUAAAGAAUUCAAAGUACUCGUUGGUUUAGAUGGUUCUAAAGUAUAUUCCUGUCCUGAUUGCAAUGAAAUUUGUCGUGAGGUGUCCCAAAUAAAACAACACAGACAAAUUCAUAUACAAGAACGAAAAUAUCAAUGCGAAUUAUGCAGUGCAAUGUUGAAGAGGAAAGAACAUUUGGAUCAACACAUGCGUGGUCAUUCUGAUGUAAGGCCUUAUCAAUGUUCUUUGUGCGAAAAAGCUUUUAAGAGAAACGAACAUUUGAGAAGACAUAACGUUAUUCAUUCAGGCAAUAAAAAUUUUAUAUGCCCUACAUGUCAAAAGGCCUUUGCACGAAAAGAUCAUUUGCAUAAACAUGCUCAGACACAUUCAGCUAGGAAGAAGAGUAAAAGCAAGAAGGAUGUAUUUUGUACUGAAUCAAAAGAAAUAUUUGAGAAAACUGUUGAAGUUCUGGCGAUGCCUAAACAGCAAGAAAUAAACUUUCUUGUGAAAGAUGGUUCAAUAAAGUGUGACGCAAAUUUACUACAACACAUUCAACACUUACAAAAGGAUCAAUUGAUUUUCCAUGGUUCUUCUUUGUCGAUUACAGAAGAAGUUCUAAGAGAUAUGAUGCAACAGCAAUUUGCAAACAUAAGCGAAAAUAUAAGCUACAUAAUGCCUUCUUAGUCGUAAACGUAAUUGAUACAGAAAAUAUCAUCGUAAGGACAAAAUUGCUUAGAAAGGAAUGUGUUGAAUCCAGCACAAAUAGAUUAGCAAUGGGAUCUUCUCUGGAUCAAAUACUUUAAUAUACUUUCUCAAUUUCGUAAGUAUGGUGAUAGUAAAUACUAAGAUAAUAAAAAUGCAAGGAUAUUUUCUUGCAUUUUUAAGAUUUAGACAUAAAUAUAUAACUCGUAAAAGGAUUUUGAAUACGUUUAUUUAGGUGUGAUUUUGUUUUUCAAAAAAGUGUGUACAAAUUUGUUAAAAUUUUUGGAGGAGAGAAGCAUCCGGUAGCUCACAAAAAA